AGUCACUAGUUUUAUUGGUGCGUGAUUCGGUUGCGUAGGCUCAAUACCCACAUUCACACACAUACACACGAUGUGUGUACUACAUGGAAUAGCCUAACGUUUUUGCCAAGAAUUGGAAGCUUACACCAGUAUUAGUGAUCAACAGUUUGUUUGUAUGCGUUCCGCACAACUGACAACAGCGUACGAGGGCAUAUUUUUUCGUGUAUUCAUUUCGCUUGUGUAUUAUUCUUCUUGUUGCGCGGCGUUUGUUUUGCUGUAAUCGAAUUCAUUCUACAAUUUUUUUCCAUUGCUGUGUGCAUCGUUCAAACCAACCAACCAAAAAAAAAAAUUGGUCGUGAUAUUACUUUAUAAUUUGUUUCUAUUUUGAAGAUAAACCAGUUUGUUCAGUCCAUUCAAUUGUAACAAUAGCUUUAUUGCACUUGUGAUAAGUUAUCGUCCACCACAGCCAUCGCGUUGUCAUCGUCAUGUAUUCGGUGUUCAUUUGAACGAUCGAUCACUUACAACACACAACGCGUAUAUAUAAAAUUUAAUUACAAUUUUUACUCGCAUUCUUACUGAAAUAUUUAUAGACAAGAGUAACAAGUGUAAGUGGCGGCUGUUGACUUAUUCAAGUGAGUUCGGUGUACAAUCAUCGAUCAUUUUUUUUUCGUCACUCUUUCUCUGACAAUUGCUCAUUAAAUAUGGCAGUAACUUUUAAAGACUACGUUCUAGUAGUUAGCUGCCUUUUCACCGUACUGUUGACAACCACAACAGCAUGGGAGGUAAACUUUGAACCCAAUCCGAUUAAAAUGCACAUGCAGUCAUCGCAAACGGUGAAUUUCACACUCACUGGAUUGAGAGAUGUUGAAGUGGACUAUAUUCAAGACGGUGCUAUAUUUAAUAUAACCAGUGAUUCGGGGAUUUUAAAAGUGAUUGCACAAAGUCAAUAUGAUUUCAAUGAAAUGACAGAUGGUAAUCUCACCGGUUACAUCAAUAUUACGGCGGAUUUUCUGGGCACCGCUAAAAUUUAUGCAAACAUCACAUUCAAAGGGGUUUCACAAAAAUCAAAUGAAUCACUGCAUGUUGUUAUCAUCAGAGAGGAACGGACGAUCGAUCACGUUUUUACCGCUUCAAUUGUGGCAUUGGUGUCGAUAUUGUACAUUAAUUUUGGUGCCGCUUUGGAUUUGGGCAAAGUGAAGGAGAUUUUGGUGCGACCCAUUGGACCGUUGAUUGCAUUCGUUUGCCAGUUUCUGUUCAUGCCAUUGUUGAGCUACGUCUUGGGCAUGAUUCUCUUCCCAAAUAAUGUGGAAAUGCAACUGGGUUUAUUCUUUACCGGAGUCUCGCCAUCUGGAGGUGCUUCGAAUAUUUGGUCUGUAAUUCUGGGCGGAAACUUGGAUCUUUCCAUUUCAAUGACAACGAUUAGCACGUUUUCCGCAUUCGCAAUGAUGCCGAUUUGGAUUUUCACACUCGGUACAACGAUCUUUGACCGCGGCGAAUUGCAGGUUCCAUACAAAAAGAUCGGUAUCAUGGCCGUUGGCCUCAUCGUUCCGCUCAUAAUCGGAUUACUUAUCCAACGAUAUUUGCCGCGUCUUGCCAAAGUACUUGUCCGGAUUCUCAAAACAUGCUCAUCGCUGUUAAUUAUUUUCAUCAUUAUCUUUGCAAUCGUCACCAAUCUAUACCUAUUUGAACUCUUCACGUGGCAAAUCAUUGUAGCCGGGCUUGGAUUACCUUGGAUCGCUUAUAUUGUUGGCUGGACGGUUGCUAAGUGCUUUAAACAGAAACAUGAGGACUGUGUGGCCAUUUCAAUUGAAGCUGGAAUUCAAAAUACCGGCAUUUCGAUCUUCAUUCUUCGACUGGCAUUGGCUCAACCACAAGGUGAUUUAACGACAGUUAUCCCUGUGUCAGUUGCACUGAUGACACCCGUUCCACUUCUAUUCUACUACAUUUACUUGAAAGGAAAAGACCGUUUCAGUAAACAUCGUCGUGGUGCUGUGCCGGUUCCGACAAACCCAUCUGGCGUUGCAUAUUCCGUUGGUGAUAAAUAAUGAUACCGAACACACAUCGCAUAUCGAUAUUUAAGCAAUUAUCGCAAGGAGAUUUUCAUUUUAAUUCGUUACAUUAUUUGCGAAUAGUUUUCAUAUAUUUUUUUCAAAGUUUUUUCCCUUCUCUGACACUGACCACGCAAAAAACAACAUAUCUGAGAUCGUUAAGACUUAUUCUAUUGUGAAAUGAAACGUACAAGAAGUUUACAACAAAUGAAUAACAUAAGAUACUUAUUUUUACGUAAAAAAAAAUCACAUAUUUGAUUUAAUUCGAACAAAGCACGAGCAAUAAACAUCAAUAAUAAUAAAUAAACGUUCAUUCAAA